GCAUAUCAAAUGUGUCAUCAUUUUCAGCCUUUGCCUGGGACUCAUCUUCCUGUCAGGAUUCUUCCCUAUGAAGAAUAAAAAUUACUUCAUCCUGAAGAGCGACAAGACGCUGCUGAUACCUUCCAUGCCUUGCCAUGCCAGGACUAACGUCAUGUUCCUCAAGACCCACAAGACAGCCAGCAGCACCGUCCUGAACAUCAUGUUCAGGUUCGCAGAGAAGUACAACCUCACCGUUGCCCUCCCAGCUGACCAGCUCGUCCACCUGGGCUACCCAAAGACCUUCCUGGCCCACUUUGUGGAGGACUUUCAAGCCAUAGGACAAAACUACAACAUUAUGUGCAACCACCUGCGGUUUAACCCGUCAGAGGUGCAAAAGGUGAUGGCAGCAAACACCAUCUACUUCUCCAUCCUGAGGAACCCCAUUCCUCUGCUGGAGUCUUCCUACGUCUACUACAAAGACAAUGUCCCUGCCUUCAGGAUCUCCAAGGACGUCAACGAGUACCUGGCGUCACCCAUGAAGUAUUACCAUCCGAAGGAUUACAAGAAAAACAUUUAUGCCAGGAAUAUCAUGUGGUUUGACUUUGGCUAUGAUAACAAUGCAAAGGACACCGAAAAGUACAUCCAGGAGGUCUUGAAGGAUAUUGAGCAGAACUUCCACCUGAUCUUGAUAGCAGACUACUUUGAUGAGUCCAUGAUCCUCUUGAAGCAUGCUUUGUGCUGGGAUCUGGAUGACGUGAUUUACUUUAAGCUCAAUUCCAGAAGCCAGGACACUGUCCAGACCUUGACUCCGGAAAGUGAGGAGCGGAUAAAAGUGUGGUGCUCGCUGGACUGGAAGCUCUACCUGCACUUCAACCAGAGCUUCUGGAGGAGAAUUGAGGAGAUCAUAGGAUUCGAGGAGCUGGAGAAGGAGGUAAAUCACCUGCGAGCGAGACAGAAGGAGCUCAUGGAGACGUGUCUCUCGGACCAGGAGGCAGUGGGGAAGGAUCACAUCAAGAACAAAGCUCUCCUGCCUUUCCAGUCAGGGGCUGCAAAUAUCCUUGGGUACAACCUCAGACAAGACUUAGACAACAGGACUCUCAGAACCUGCCAGAAAAUGGUUAUGCCAGAGCUCCAGUACACGUCCUAUCUUUAUACUCUCCAACACCCGCACAAGAAGAGGAAGCAGUUAGGCUUGCCCUUGCUAUGGACCAGUUUCCAGGAGAAGAUGCAGCUCCCAACUCCCAACUAG